AUGGCCAUCCAGGCCUUCGGCGUUCUUGGUGGUGGUGACUUCAAAGCACCUGGCACAGAAGGCACGGGUGCUCGCCGCGUGCCCCCAGCCAUGUUGAUCGGACGUGAACAACAAGUCUCCAAGGUCCUACACAACGUGGCACAGCGCCACAACGUGCCCCUCACAAGUGUUGCGUUGGCCUACGCUAUGCAAAAGACCCCUUACUUCUACCCCAUCAUCGGUGGACGCAAGACCGAGCACCUCAAGGCCAACAUCGAGGCGCUGACGCUUGACCUCACCCCGGAAGAUGUUGCUGAGAUUGAGACUGGAUAUGAGUUCGAUGUUGGCUUCCCGCACAACUUUAUUAACAUGCCUCGUCAUAUGAUUGAGGGUCCUCAGCAUGUUACUAUCAUGCAUGAUUUAGGUUACUUUGAUUAUGUUGCGCCGCCUGUCGCAAUUAAGCCGCAUCAGGGAGAGCUUACUGCUCCUUGGCAGGCUCCUCAGUAG